UGAGCAGUAAACCACAGUAAACUCGUGGUCAGAUAUGCCUACAUUUUUCAUCUUCUUCUAACUCAUGGAUUGACAUGACAACACGUGCGUAAAACAAGGAUAGGAAAGUGUAGGAGGCAUAUAGGGCCAAAAGUGCACAACAGGCUUCCGUAGGACCCUACCUGCAAGUGACAAUUGACAAUGUAUACACCUUUGAGGAUAGUAACGUCUUCUUUAAUUUCUCGAAAUAAACUUGACAGUAAUUUACAAAACAAUGAAGCUGAUCAAGAACAAAAAGUUGAUGAAAUAAAUGACGACUUUUUGAAAAACUUAGACUAUCAAACACACAGGAAAAUUAAGAAUGACGUAAAUAAUAAACUAAAACUGAAUAAUAAGUUCUUUAACAAAAGAAGAAGUUUUGAUAAUAAAUUUGACAAUGUCAAGAAACGUUUUGAAACGGAAACCCGAAUUUACCAGACUUCAUUGAUGGGCAAUCUGAAUAAUAACAGUGAAGAGAAAUAUAAAGUACAAAUGAGUUCUGCAGACAAAUACUUGACUACUAUUCAUUCUAUGAAAGAUCACCAAAAUAAUACAAAUGAAUAUUCGUUACACAAUCGAAAUUGGGUACCAGGACAAAUAGCUACAAAAGUUGAAGAUAAUUCAACUUGCAAUGAUGAUUUAAGUGACUCAGUUAGAAAGAAUGAAAAACUUUUUGAUAAAGAACAGAAUAACAUGUUAUAUCAUUUAUUUCCUCCUAAAAUAUCUGCAGUAAAAAGAGUGAAAAAUAAAAAAAAAUUUGUCGAAUCUAUUGAGUUUAAGGACAAAUAUGAAAAAAUUAUGCAAGCAAAAAAAAGUAUAAAACAUGACAACUGUUCUUUAAUUUUAAAUAAGAAACCAGACAAUAAAACAAUUAUUACGCCCUUUAAAUAUGUUAAAACAUCUUUCUUUACUGGUGUAAUAAAUUGUGCAGCAGAAUCAUGCAAAAAACAUGAAAUGAAAACUGAUAUUACAGCUGACUGGGUUAAAGGAGAAGUUGUAAAACGAAACAAAAACAUUAAUAACAAUUUCGACGAAAAAACUCGGAUGAAACAAAUUCCAGAAUGCAAAAACCUUGUUCUCAAACCACAAAGAUAUUCUGAUGAUUCUAGAAAAGAUCCAACAACAGUUGACGAAAAAGGUAGGCAACAAUCUUUACAUGUAAUCUUACAAUCAGGGCGGAAUUUUAAGCCCGCACCUUAAUUACUACAGGCUUAUACAGUGUAACCUUACAACCGUAUAAAUGUACUUUACUGCAAUAUGUUGUGCUAUAUGGGGAAAAAUAUACAUUAUUAUAUGUUGUGAAAUACGAAGAAAUUUUUAAUUUCUUGGGCGCAAAUAAAAGUUGAAGAAUUCAGGAUACCGAUUUGAUGAUAACUGUCCCCCACUUGCAAAAAAGAAAAAAUAUUCACUUGAUAUAUUAUGCUCUCCUUGCGAUCGUCUUUUGCAGGUGAAACGCGAUUUGAAAUUGAAUGCUUUGUUUGAUCAAUAAUCUCUAUAUAAGAAAAGUUUAAAAACUAAUUUAUGUAGAAAGUUUUCUCUAUUAAAAAUGGUAACAUUAACAACAGCUUUUGUAGAAAAAAAAUGUUCAGAGACACAAUCAAAUAAGUCUCUUACAAAAGAAAUUGACAAGGAUCAUGUCAAAAAAAUGACACAUUUGUUUAUGAAUUAUAAAUCCAUCACUGACAUUGGAAAUUUUGUUUCUUGUGAAAAUUUAAAAAUAAUCUAUCUUCAGAACAAUGAGAUUAAUAAAAUUGAAAACUUACAUUUUGCAAACAAUUUGUCUGAGUUAUAUCUACAACAUAAUAAUUUAACUAAAAUCGAAAAUUUGGAUUCACUUCGAAAUUUGAAAAAGUUGUACCUGGGUUACAAUAAAAUUGCUAUUGUUGAGGGAUUAGAAAACUUGGCAUCUCUGAGAGAAUUAUACAUAGAAAAACAAAGAUUAAGUCCAGGAGAAUCUCUCUGCUUCGAACCGAGAAGUUGUCUUACUUUAGCAACAUGUUUGCAGAUUCUUAAUGUUUCCGGCAACAGAAUUUAUCAUUUCAACGACAUAAGAAAUUUAACAAAAUUACAAGUUCUUGAAGCUAAAUAUAAUUUACUUAAAAGUAUUAAAGAUUUAAUUGAUUCAAUUAAAAAUCUGCCAUAUUUACAAGAAUUAUUUCUGCAAGGGAAUCCAGUGACCACAAUAUUCAGAUAUAGAGCAAAUAUAAUAGGAAAUCAUGAUAAAUUAGCACUUCUGGACGGAAAGAUAGUUAGCGAAAAUAGUAGAAAUUUUAUGAAAAAAUUAAAAAUUGAAAAACAAUUACAAGAAACGAAGAAAAAAUUUAAAAUAAUAGAAGGUUGUUCAAAUACAUCACCUGUACUGAAGCAGUCAACUUCGAAAGCAGUGGUAUCUCAACAUGUUGGUUCCGAAUUAUUUCCAUUAUCAAAUACAUCUACAAUGCAAUUUCAAUCUUGGAAAGCAAGUAUAAAUACAUUACCCAGACCAUUUUGGAUAAGUUUUUCUAAAUCAAAGUGUGAAUAUAGCCGACAACUUACGCUUCCGUUUAUUUAACAUUAAAAGUUGCACUAAAAAGAAAUUUAAACAGAAAACAAAUAUUUUUAAAAAUUAUUUUAUUUCAAUUUGUUCACACAGUUUCACUUGCAGUAAGUGAUAAUUUAUAAAAUAUCAUUUUCCAAUUCGCUACAAUCACAAUGUAUUUAAUACAUUGAUAAAUAAUUUUAUGAUUUACACUCAA